GAUCCUUCCAGCUGAACAAACAGACUAGCCAGCCGGCUACCAUUGGAGUCAGAGUCCCAAAGACAUGGGCUUAUUAGAGUGCUGUGCAAGAUGUCUCGUAGGGGCCCCCUUUGCUUCCCUGGUGGCCACUGGAUUGUGUUUCUUUGGGGUGGCACUAUUCUGUGGCUGUGGACAUGAAGCACUCACUGGUACAGAAAAGUUAAUUGAGACAUAUUUCUCCAAAAACUACCAGGACUAUGAGUAUCUUAUCAAUGUGAUCCAUGCUUUCCAGUAUGUCAUCUAUGGGACUGCCUCUUUCUUCUUCCUUUACGGGGCCCUCCUGCUGGCCGAGGGCUUCUACACCACCGGCGCAGUCAGGCAGAUCUUUGGCGACUACAAGACCACCAUCUGCGGCAAGGGCCUGAGUGCAACGUUUGUGGGCAUCACCUAUGCCCUGACCGUUGUGUGGCUCCUGGUGUUUGCCUGCUCUGCUGUGCCUGUAUACAUUUACUUCAACACCUGGACCACCUGCCAGUCUAUUGCUGCCCCCAGCAAGACCUCUGCAAGUAUAGGCACUCUCUGUGCUGAUGCCAGAAUGUAUGGUGUUCUCCCAUGGAAUGCUUUCCCUGGCAAGGUGUGUGGCUCCAACCUUCUGUCCAUCUGCAAAACAGCUGAGUUCCAAAUGACCUUCCAUCUGUUUAUUGCUGCAUUUGUGGGGGCUGCAGCCACACUGGUUUCCCUGCUCACCUUCAUGAUUGCUGCCACUUACAACUUUGCCGUCCUGAAACUCAUGGGCCGAGGCACCAAGUUCUGAUCUCCUGUAGAAAUUUCCCUUUCUCUAAUAGCAAGGCUCUAAC